GAGUGUAUCUAUUUGCGUGUGUGUGCGGUUUGUUCUCACAAAUCUCUAGUCAUCAAAAUGGAGGAGAUUGGAGUAGUGGUGAACAAAGAAGAAACCCAGAUCCCCAGCCCCGAGUCCAGGCCGGGGACGGGUCUAUCCUCCACCAUAAGUGAGAAGGACACGUCAGAGGACCUCUACACAAGGUACAAGAAGCUGCAGCGUCAGCUGGAGUUCCUUGAAGUCCAAGAGGAGUACAUUAAGGAUGAGCAGCGGAACCUGAAGAAGGAGUACCUGCAUGCCCAGGAAGAGGUCAAACGUAUACAGAGUGUUCCACUUGUCAUAGGUCAGUUCCUGGAGGCUGUUGACCAGAACACAGGGAUUGUGGGAUCCACCACAGGGUCCAACUACUAUGUGCGGAUCCUGAGUACGAUAGACCGCGAGCUGCUGAAGCCCAGUUCGUCAGUAGCGCUCCACAAGCACAGUAAUGCCCUGGUGGAUGUCCUGCCCCCUGAGGCAGACUCCAGUAUCACCAUGCUGUCUGCUGAGGAGAAGCCUGAUGUGGCCUACGCAGAUAUUGGUGGGAUGGACAUGCAGAAACAGGAGAUCCGGGAGGCUGUGGAGCUGCCGCUCACACACUUCGACCUGUACCAGCAGAUCGGCAUUGACCCACCACGGGGGGUCCUCAUGUACGGGCCGCCAGGCUGUGGGAAAACUAUGCUGGCCAAGGCCGUGGCUCAUCACACCACUGCUUCUUUCAUUAGGGUUGUCGGUUCUGAAUUUGUACAAAAGUACCUCGGAGAAGGCCCAAGAAUGGUACGAGAUGUCUUUCGAUUAGCCAAGGAGAACGCACCAGCCAUCAUCUUUAUUGAUGAGAUCGAUGCCAUAGCAACCAAGAGAUUUGAUGCACAGACAGGAGCUGAUCGAGAGGUCCAGCGAAUCCUGCUUGAGUUGCUGAACCAAAUGGACGGGUUUGACCAAACAGUCAAUGUCAAAGUCAUCAUGGCGACCAACCGAGCCGACACGCUGGACCCUGCUCUGCUGCGGCCAGGUCGUUUGGACAGGAAGAUCGAGUUUCCCAUGCCGGACAGGAGACAGAAACGACUCAUCUUCCAGACCAUCACCGGUAAGAUGAACAUGUCUGAGGAAGUGGACCUGGAGGACUAUGUGGCCAGACCUGACAGGAUCAGUGGCGCUGACAUUAACUCCAUCGUGCAGGAAGCAGGGAUGUUGGCAGUGCGAGAGAACCGCUACAUUGUGCUGGCAAAGGACUUUGAGAAGGCAUACAAGACAGCAAUCAAGAAGGACGAGACAGAACAUGAGUUCUACAAGUAGCCUCCUCAUGUUACCCUUCCAGAUGCUUAGAAUUAUCACCCCCACACCCACUAUCCGCGCUGACCUGCCCCUUGUUAGGAGAUAUGUAGUGGGAUUUUCAAGUCAAAGAUAAGAGAAACAAAACAACACCCAGGUAACCAUUACUGGUACAAAUAGUCACUUUUUAGUCCAAUUUCUAUUUCUGUUGAUAUCAGUUCCUCCCCCAAGAAGAAGUACUUUAGAGUCUGUACACAUGUCAGAUGAGAAAUCAGACUUCGAUAUGUUCUAGAAACAUUACAGGGCUCAAAAUACGUUUUUCUGCAUACCUGCACUGGUGCAGGUAACAUUGAAAAUUACCUGCACCAGACAAACUUUGUCUGCACCACUCUGAAUGUAGGAUGUAUGGAUUAUACUAAAAUUGUUCAGGAACUAUUGCUAUUUUUUCUUUUAUACUUUAUAGGUGGUAACAGUCAAUGCAACUAAUGGCAAUCCACAUACACCUUCAUCAUAUGAUAUUUAUGUAUAAAUCCCAGCACAUGAACCAGUGCAGGUUAGGUGCAGGUAGACACCAGAAAUACCUGCACAGCUCCAAUUUUACCUGCACUAACCUGCAUAUGCAGGUGGUAUUUCGAGCCCUGCAUCACAACGUGGGAGCUAACACUGUCAGCUUUCAGUUCUUACACUAUAAGGUCUUCAUUAAGACUUCACAAGUCAUACAAAGUAGCUUAAUUGACCAGUGUACUUUGAUUUGAAUAAAUGCAUAAGAUUAACAAGA